GUGGCCAUGGCGACGGGGCAGGUGCUAUUCCAUCGCUUCUUCUACUCCAAGUCCUUUGUCAAGCACAGCUUCGAGAUUGUUGCCAUGGCCUGCAUCAAUCUCGCGUCCAAAAUCGAGGAGGCUCCUCGGAGGAUAAGGGACGUGAUCAACGUGUUCCACCACUUGCGGCAGUUAAGAGCCAAAAGGACUCCAAGCCCCCUGAUACUUGAUCAGAACUACAUAAACACCAAAAAUCAAGUAAUCAAAGCAGAAAGGAGGGUACUGAAGGAGUUGGGAUUUUGUGUUCAUGUCAAGCAUCCUCAUAAGAUUAUUGUUAUGUACUUACAAGUCUUAGAAUGUGAACGUAAUCAGACCCUGGUACAGACAGCCUGGAAUUACAUGAAUGACAGCCUUCGGACAAACGUGUUCGUUCGCUUCCAGCCCGAGACUAUUGCCUGUGCUUGCAUUUACCUCGCUGCUAGAGCUCUGCAGAUUCCGCUGCCUACUCGUCCUCACUGGUUCCUGCUCUUUGGUACCACAGAAGAGGAGAUUCAGGAGAUCUGCUUGACAACUCUUAAGCUUUAUACCAGAAAGAAGCCCAAUUAUGAAUUUCUGGAUAAAGAAGUAGAGAAGAGGAAGAUGGCACUACAGGAAGCUAAACUGAAGGCAAAAGGUUUAAACCCAGAUGGAACUCCUGCACUCUCAACACUGGGUGGCUUUUCUCCUGCAUCUAAACCAUCUUCCCCGAGAGAAGUCAAAACUGAAGAGAAGUCUCCAGUGUCCGUGAAUACCAAAACCAUUAAGAAGGAGCCAGAGGAGAGGCAGCAAGCUUCAAAGAGCCCUUACAAUGGGAUGAGAAAAGAAAGCAAGAGGAGCCGCAGCAGCAGGAGUGCCAGUCGGUCCCGCUCGAGGACAAAGUCACGCUCGCGCUCCCACACCCCGCGGCGGCA